AUUGUCAAUUUAUCAUCUGUGCUAACAACUCUUGUAGGAAUUUACUUAAAGGAGGCAGAGAGAGAGAAAUGGCUUGAGCGCUUUCAAGUCUUUGGUUUGGAGAGAGAGAUGAGUAGUGUUAAUAAUCCUUGGGUCUUGUUUGGUGUUGGUGCGCUUAGCCUCUUCUUAAUGAACAGAAGGUUGAGGAACAAGGUCAUGUCCAGGGAUGAGUUUGGUGUCGCUAUGUCUACUAAAGCUGAUGAAAAUUUUGGUGCUUUCAUGGCCAAGUUUCAGCUGCUUCCUCCUCCAAAAACCCCACAACCUCUUUCUGGUCUCACUUUCGCUGUCAAAGACAUAUUUGAUGUUGAAGGAUAUGUUACUGGAUUCGGUAAUCCAGACUGGGCUAGGACCCAUGAAGCUGCAAAGCAAACAGCGCCUGCAGUAUUGGCUCUCAUAGAAGAAGGGGCCACUUGUAUAGGAAAAACUGUCAUGGAUGAGAUGGCUUACAGUAUAAAUGGAGAAAACAAGCAUUAUGGAACCCCAACCAAUCCAUGUGCUCCUUCACGUAUACCUGGAGGGUCUUCUAGUGGAUCUGCUGUUGCAGUUGCAGCCGGGCUUGUAGACUUUGCCCUUGGUACCGAUACUGGUGGCAGUGUGAGGGUGCCAGCAGCAUUCUGUGGUAUUUUAGGAUUCCGGCCUUCACAUGGAGCUGUUUCUACCCAGGGUGUUAUUCCCAUGUCUCAGAGUUUUGAUACUGUUGGAUGGUUUUCUAGGGAUCCUGGCAUCCUGAGUAGAGUGGGCCAAGUGUUAUUGCCAUUAUCGCAUGCAAACUCCAAGAAAGUUGGACGUAUUAUAAUUGCUGAUGAUUGUUUCCAGUAUCUAACAAUUUCAAGUGACCGUGUUACUCAAAUAGUCAUCAAAUCCAUCGAAAAGUUGAUUGGAAGCCAAGUGAUAACUCAUGCAAACUUUGGAGAGUACAUGUCCUCUAAAGUUCCAACCUUGAAACCCUUUAUCGAAGAAUGUGAAAAUCAUGGAGGCAUGAUACCUUCCUUUGCAGCCCUUUCAAGUGCCAUGCGGUUGCUUCAAAGGUAUGAGUUCAAGAGAAAUCAUGAGGAGUGGGUCAACACUACCAAACCUGAUCUAGGUCCUGGUAUAUUAGAACGGGUACAGGCAGCUCUCGAUACGACAGAUGAUAACAUUGAUCUCUGUCACAACAUAAGGAGUGAAAUGCGUGCUGCUCUCAGUGAACUUCUUGAGGAUGAUGGAAUCCUCAUAAUCCCUACCGCCCCUGGACCUCCACCUGAACUUCAGACUGAGGGAGUAUGGUUGGAGAAUUUUCGGGCCAAAGCUUUUAGCGCCCUGGCUAUUGCUGGGAUGUCUGGGUCCUGUCAGGUUACCAUACCCUUGGGAAUGCAUGAAUUGUGCCCAGUGGCUGUCUCAUUUUUAGCUCGGCAUGGAGCAGAUUUCUUUUUACUUGAAACUGUUCAGACAAUGUAUGGAAUUCUUCAAGAACAGGUUGCACUCCUGUGAAGUUUGGAAACCUGGACCAAAGCAGGAAUGGAAAUUCUGCCAUUAUGCUCAAAGGGAAGUUAACUAUUUUCCAGUGGUUUGGCAUCGGUGUCCAUGAAGCUCCUCAUAUGUAAUAUCUUGAUUCUGCCCUUUGAUGAAAAUGGGGUUUAUCAGCCAAACAAAUUCGAAAUAAGUUCAAGAUGUAUUGCAGAAAAUCAGGCCAGAUUUGGCUUCCUAUUCAUUAUUUUGCUCUUGCAUAGAUUUUAUUGUAAAUCUACUUACAUUUGAUUACAUUGUCACCUUCUAAUAUGGGAUCUUUUCUAAUUACACGAUCUUGAUAUA